GGAGACCAUUUCCUCCAGCAGCAGGCCUCGCGGAGCUCCGCCAGCGCGCACACACACACAAACACACACAAACACACACAUAUGCAGACAGCGCGGACAAGCGUCAAAGCAAAGCCACGUUUGGGAUUGUCUAAUCUUAACGCCGCCAGACCUGGAUGCCCCCCAACCGCAGGAGUCUUCCUAAUGGGCCUUCAUCGUUAAUUCGCAGCAACAUCUGGUCGACACUACAGUGGUCUCUCUGGCUCUGAUGGUACUAGCUGAACAGUGACCGCUUCCUGCCUGAGGACACCUGCUGCCCAAUUCCCUUCAUCAUGUCUGGGAUGCACGCACCAUGGUCGACUGGCACAGAGUGUGUAGCCAAGUACAACUUCCAGACUGCCAACGAACAGGACCUGCCUUUCUGUAAAGGAGAUGUACUGACCAUCAUCGGAGUCACCAGGGAUCCCAACUGGUACAGAGCGAGAAACACAGUGGGCAGAGAAGGCACCAUCCCGGCCAACUAUGUCCAGAAAAGGGAAGGUGUCAAGUCAGGAGGGAAACUCAGUCUCAUGCCCUGGUUCCAUGGGAAGAUAACUCGGGAGCAGGCUGAGCGGCUCCUCUAUCCUCCAGAGACGGGCUUGUUCCUGGUGAGGGAGAGCACCAACUAUCCCGGCGAUUACACCCUGUGCGUCAGCUGUGACGGCAAGGUGGAGCACUACCGCAUCAUCUACCACAACGGCAAGCUCACGAUUGACGAGGAGGAGUACUUUGAGAACCUCAUGCAGCUGGUUGAGCAUUACACCAAAGAUGCCGAUGGCCUUUGCACCAGGCUGAUUAAACCCAAGUUAAUGGAGGGAACAGUGGCAGCGCAAGACGAGUUCUCCAGGAGCGGCUGGGCCUUGAACAGGAAAGAGCUGAAACUCCUGCAGACCAUUGGCAAAGGGGAGUUUGGAGAUGUGAUGGUAGGAGACUACAGAGGGACCAAGGUGGCGGUCAAGUGUAUCAAAAAUGACGCCACAGCGCAGGCUUUCAUCGCAGAGGCCUCAGUCAUGACGCAACUGAGGCACAACAACCUGGUGCAGUUGCUAGGGGUAAUUGUCGAGGAGAGGGGCAGUCUCUACAUUGUCACAGAGUACAUGGCUAAGGGCAGUCUAGUGGACUACCUGCGCUCUCGAGGACGGACCGUGCUCGGUGGAGACUGCUUACUCAAGUUCUCACUUGAUGUGUGUGAAGCCAUGGAGUACCUGGAGGCCAACAACUUCGUCCACAGAGACCUGGCAGCUCGUAACGUGCUGGUGUCCGACGACAACAUCGCCAAGGUCAGCGACUUCGGCCUCACUAAGGAGGCCUCCUCCAUACAGGACACUGCCAAGCUGCCUGUCAAAUGGACCUCCCCCGAAGCACUAAGAGAGAAGAGAUUUUCCACCAAGUCGGACGUCUGGAGUUAUGGAAUCCUACUUUGGGAGAUCUACUCUUUUGGGCGCGUGCCUUACCCUAGAAUUCCAUUGAAAGAGGUGGUGCCCCGCGUAGAGAAGGGAUACAAGAUGGACGCCCCAGACGGCUGCCCGCCCGUGGUUUACGACCUGAUGAAGCAGUGCUGGACCCUGGACUCCGCGGUGCGGCCCUCCUUCCGCAUGCUGAGGGAGAAGCUGCAGCAUAUCAGAGCCAAGGAGCUCUACCUGUGAAGAGGAAGCCCACGGGGGGCGAAGAGGGGAGAAGAGGGGGGCGGCGACAGACAGCCCAGCACAGCUGUAAAAUAGGAGGAAGGGGAGAAGAGGAGGGACCACAGCACCUUCCUCCUGCCUGCCCAGCUUGUUGAUCUGUGGGACUGCCAUACGGUGCCCCCUCCCCUGACCUCAGACGUCCGCCAGCUGCCCUCUGCUUCCAUACAAGGACUGUUUUCCUGUUUGUGUUGUAUAGCUUUUGCCAGACAGACUCCUCCUCUCUCGAUGGGCCACUGCUCUUUCCUCCUUCUAUACCUGCCGCUGCUCACCUGCUCUCUUUGUCUCCUUUCUCUUGGUCCAACUUUCUCUUCUUCCUCUACCUUGAAGAUCCCAUUUCUUUCUUAUUGUUUUCCUCCCCUCCUCCUCUCCUCCUCCUCCUCUCCCGAACAUGGCAUUAACUGGAGGGGAGGCUGGCCUUUUCCUCCACGUUUGUCAGGUGCUUUCUUCUUCCCCUUACCUCUCCAUCAUUCCUGGAUCUCUGUAUCACCGCGUGGCUCUGCAUGAAUUCAGCCCAGCUCUCUGUCAUUCCAUCCUUUCUCCUAUCCCUCCCUCCCCCUCCCUCCCUUCCUUCCUCCCUCCUCUCGGUGUGGUGUCAGGUGUGGGGCCUUCGCUCUGUGCCAAAGUGCCUCCAGUCUACAGAGCUCCAGACUUCACUCCAGCACUUUCGAUUGGACUGUUGUGGUUUCUUUUUUUAAUUACUUUUUUUAAGGAAUCUUUUUUAUUGCUUUUGUUUUUUUUCAGGGAGGUUAUCAAACCGUUUUUUAGUGCUGUCUCCCCCACCUCUACCAUCACCCUAUCAGACUGUUGUUUUUUUUUGUUUUGUUUUUUUUGUUUGUUUUUUUGUUUUUUUCAAGUGUCCAUGAAGAGAGCAUGAACAGGAAGAGAGAGGAUUUGGGGUCCAGUAUCAUGUUUGUCCUCCAACUAAUACUGCCCGGAGGAGUGGGAGGUGGUGUGGGGCGGGGCAGAACAAUAACCGGAGAAGGGGGAGAAGCAGUUCACAAACAUGGUUGAUUCAUCAUACGUGGGCUUGUUUUUAUAUCAAAAUAUAUUUAAAGGAUAAAAAAAAAAAAAGAACAGGGAAAAAACUGACUGGGACGAAGAGUUAAAAAAAAAAGAGGACUUUGAGAAGCCAGGAGUCUCUUGGCGUUAGGAAUGUUCAGUGUAUCUGUGAACGCUGGGGUCGGGGUGGUGCAUGCUGUGUGUGAGAGGCCUUGGGUUCAACUGUCAGUGCUUUCAAUGUUCAUUGUUUUAUUAUGCUAUCAUGAUUAUGAAUAAAUCAUUCCAACUGAA